GCUGUUUGUUUCUCUCUCUGCCCCACCAAAUCACCCCUACCACCUUCACUCGCCACAACUAUCCACAAUGCCCAUGAACCGCGCUCUCCUCAAGAAAUGGGUCCCUGUUGAAGUGCUUCCCAUCUUCGGCAUUGUCGGUAUCGCCGUUGUCGGUGCUUCUGCCUACCUCUACAAGCUCUCCCAGGGCCCUGAGGUUGUUUGGGACCGAAGCUCUGACUGGAGGCCUUGGGACAAGGUCAAGCACGACCAGAACGUAUGUCACUGAUGUAUCAGCACCACUCUGAUCCGUGCUGACCUCGACGCAGCUCAAGCUCCUCAGCUACAACCCCGACUUCUGGCAGAAGAGGAAGGAGCAGGCCAAGGAGACCCUCGGUCUUAAGUCUGAGUAAACUACCCCAUUCAUCGCUUUUUGGGGAGUUGUUGUAGAUAGUCUUAUCAUAGACAAUAGACGGGGUGCUAUGUUCACCCUGCUAGACGUGUAGCUUUUUGGUUAUUGGCAUGUCAUGGGCAUUUUUUUUUAUAU